CAACACUCUUACGUCAAAUUCAUUUUCUAAUGCAAAAUAAAUAACAAAACAUUCGUUCAAUAAAGAAGAGGCGAAAGUGAACACGAAUCCAAAUAUUUGUUCUUCAUCUGAUUUUGCGAGGAACGUGUUAAUUUUGUGUUGUUGAGUAUUGCUUUGUUAAAUCUUGUGGUAAAAUGUCAUCAUGGUUUAGUGAUUUGGCCGGAAAAGCAGAGAAUAUUCUCAAUAAAAUUGACCAAAAUGCGGCCAGUGUGUUGAAAAAUGAUACCAAUGACCGUGAUCAAUUGAUUGAAGUGAAAACGGGCGAUGACGUUGUCGAUAAUGGAAAUCAUGAAAAGAAAAUUAAAAUGGCCAAUGGUUCACCGGCCAUACGAAGCAUUACGUCCAACGCAUUGAAACUACCGAAAACGCCAAAGAAAACUCUGUACACGCCAAUCGAACGACAACCAGCAGAUAUUGAAGAAGUAUCGAUUAAAUAUGAAUCAAAAUUGAAUAAUAUUGUGAACGGUGAUGAUGGAGCAAAAUUGAAUUUACCGUCAAAUGCAUCGAAUUCAUCACGUCGCAGUUCGUGCAGUUCACGUACGGAAGGAAUUCAAACCGUUAUCGAAUACCCAAUCGCAAAACAUUCCACUGAUACAUUGAACGUGAACGGUGGCGAUCCAAUGCAAACAUCCACAGGUUCAUUGCACAGUUCAGUUGAAGAUAAGAACGAGAUGAUGGCGUCCAGAAUUAUUGUGACCCAAAUGAAAACUGAACGUGAUCAAAUGAAAACGGAAAUUGCUGAUUUGAAAAAUCAAUUGGUUAUGGCAAAGAAGGAAGAUUUGGUAUCGGAAAUAACUGCCACGCGUGACCUAUUGGCCACAGACAAAGAAAGUCUACAACGAAAACUUGAUGAACUCGAAGAAGCAAACAAUGGAUAUGUCAAGACGAUUUCCCAACUCGAAGUAAGCGUUGCCAAAAUGCAUGAAGCAACUAUGGACCUGAACGAGAAGCUGACACUGGCCAAAACUGAAACAGAACAAGCGGUGUUUGAGUUACAACAAUAUCGAUCGAGAGCCCAACACACAUUACAAAUGAAAGAUGAAUUAAUCGCCGAACUGAAAUCGUUUCACGCAAAAGGUGAAACGACUGACGACACUGAUAUCGAUGCACAAUGCAAACAAAUCGAAUUGGCCACAAUGAAACAAGAACGCGACACAUUUUUCGAAGAAAACAAUAUGCUACGCAAUCAAUUAAAUGCAAAUAAACAAAUUAUACACUCACUCGAGAGCAAAAUCCAUGAGAUCGAAAUGCGAUCCAGUGAGAGUGAAAAGUCAUUAUCGAAUGCAUUGAAACAGGAAAAAUUGAAAUCAAGUCAAUUGGAGGAGACGAUGAGAACACAGGCUAAGGAGUUGAAAGUGGUUCGUGAUGAACUGAAGCGACAACAGACAAUAACAUCGACUAAACUACAUGAGAAAGAAAAUGAACUGACAAGGCUUCGAACAAAAUUAUCUCAACAACAAAACACACCGACCAUUCCGACCGGAAUUCAGACCGGAGCAAAUACUACUGAUGAUCGAAUUUAUUCCCUAACACAAUCGCUUGUGCAAAAACAAAAUUCCCUCGAAGCAAUUACAGCUGAACGAAACGCCAUUCGAUUUCAGCUGGAAAAAUUGGAAAAUCAACAUCGUGAAACAAUGACACUGCUGAGACAUCAACGCUUGCCGCAGAUCAUCAAUGUAAACGAUACGGAUGAUGCAAAAUCACAGGUGCCGAAUUUCAUGCGAGAAAAUCCAUUCGAUACCCGCGUUGCACGACGCAUGAAACGGGCCUAUUCGUCUUUGGAUGCGGCCGGUGUACGAUUGGGUGUAUUUUUACGUCGUUAUCCAUUGGUACGCACGAUGACUAUUGUUUAUGUGGCUGUUUUACAUUUAUGGGUGAUGUUCGUUUUGCUGAGCUCCACACCCAAUCAAACGAAUUAGAACGAAUUUUUUUUUAUUUACAUUUUUAAAUUUAAAAUGCAGAUAUUAAUACUAUUCCUUCCUAUAUUAUACUAGAAACUUGUUCACUUUUUUUAUUAUGCACAUACAAUAAAUAGGAAAUAAAGUUAAAUUUAUAACCCGAAA